GUACCUCCGCAUGCGGUAUGGGAACAGCGUUGGAAUCGCCUCAUCCUUCAUAUAUUUCGUUCUAAGCCAAGCGUUAGGUGCAGUGGCCAUCUACAGUGCAGCGGUGGCCGUGUCGACAAUGCUCGGCCUGUCUCCCAUAAUUGCGAGCAUCAUUCUGGGAGUGUCUGGAACGGUUUACACGGCACUGGGAGGCCUCCGGAGUGUCGUGUGGGCCGACUGCGUGCAGGGAGUCAUCAUGACCGCCUCGCCACUCAUCAUCAUCGGCAAGAUCGUGUACGACUCCCUCCACAGCGAGGUUCCCAUGCGACCCUUGACGGAAUUCAACACUACCUUCUACUUCUGGGAGACCAAAUCGGACAUCACGACCGACGAGACCGUGUGGGCCGCGGCGAUCGGUGCUCUGCCCUUGCACCUCGUCAGGCUCGGCCUGGACCAAAUGAUCACGCAGCGCUUCCUGGCGGCAAAGUCAAUGCGCGACGCCAAAGCAGUAGCAUUCUGCUGCAUCGGCAUUCUCUCGUUUUUCUACGCUCUCAACGGAGUAACGGCGCUGGCCAUAGUCUUCUGGUUCAGAGACUGCGACCCGCUGCUCACGGGAGCCAUUCCCCGCUACGAUCAGAUUGUCCCUUACUACAUCAACACGAGUGCCAGCGCACUGAUGGGAAUUAGGGGCCUCUUCCUGGCUGGCGUCAUCAGUGCUUCCAUAAGCACAAUAUCAUCUAUCGUCAAUUCACAUGCGGCCGUUCUGUAUGUAGACAUUGUGUCGCCGUACAUCAAGAUACCCGAGAAGAGAUCGAGUCUUGUGAUGGCAGCUCUGGCGGCUGGAAGCGGUACCAUUAUGACCCUCACAGGACUGCUGGUCCCCUACAUAGGAUCGGCUGCAAGGUUCUUCAUCGCACUGUAUGCCGCGGCGUCUGGACCAUUCGCGGGAAUAAUUAUCCUGGCCACCUGUUUCCCGUGGGCCAACGCCAAGGGCACCGCGACAGCUGCGCUGGGCGUCUUCCUGCUCCAAAUAUGGCAGACUGCCGGUCGGUUCGCGUCAAAGGUGGAAGCGGUCCGGAUGACCUACAGCGUGGACCGGUGUCCCGGCAACACCACCCUCGCCCUCAACGAAACCCUGCCUUACGUUCCCACGGACAGCCCCGACGUCUUCGCCCUGUACCGCCUCUCCGCCUAUUGGUGCUGCCUGUUCGCCACGUUCCUGACGGUGCUCAUCGGGUUGGCACUCAGCGUCGUGACAGCCCGGGCCAGCGACAACCUUGAGAAGAGCAUGAGCCUGUCAAGUCCUGUAGCCUUGAGGUUCUGGGCUUGGACCGGACUGCUGCCGCGCCUGAAAAAGGAGCCGCUGCGGGUCACAAUCAACGACGCGGGCAUCAAGGCGUCUCCCUAUGAGAUACAGCCACUGCAAUCAAACGGCGACGACAUCGACCUCUUGUCCAAGCCUGCCACCAGCAACGGUCUACACGUGACGUGUAGAAACCAGGGGGACCUGUAGAUAGAUCACAUUACCGACACCGUACUUCACCGCAACUACGUCGCAAGCAUAUGCGCUUGGACUGCCUGUUCAUCGUGACGUGUUCUCAUCUGUAAAUAUUUUUUCCUUCAGAACCCAACAGACCACUGGCAUUGCGGGCGGAUGCUAUUCCUGGGUAUUGUUUACUGGGUACGCCACCUGUGUGGUGAUGCCGUCUUUCUUUCUUUCUUUUUUUUACAUUUCAGUGAUCAGUAGGGAUGUGGGAAUAUAAUUUUUUUAAACCAAAUCGAAUCUGAAUCGCCUAGUGCCUGAAGCGAAUCGUAUCGAAUGCAUUUCGAAAACUUCUCGAAGAACAACCCAUUUUUCACCAAUAAUAUACAUCUAUGUUCACAUACGACCGUCCACAAUGUUAGCAAGUCUAUCACCACAUUUCAGGUUACGAAGCGUUGUUUACUGCAAUCCAGAAUGGAGCAUUAGUAACAAAUAAGCAGUCCGUUCGCAUAUUCGGGAGUCUUAUCAGACUACUUAUGGUAGCGUAACGCGAAAUACCGAACGGACACAUACGCAAAAAAAUAUGGAGUAAAACAGACAAGGACGGGCACUGCAAUCAACUUUGUAUUCAGAAGCCACCAAGAGAUAUAUGUACUUUUUCCUGCGCAUGCGCACAAUGACGUGAUCGGAGAGUUGAGGUUUAUGGAAGCUUCGCCGAUACGGAUUGAGGCGUCCUCUUUCAUCCGAGGGAAACAGCUAGAAUGUUCCUUUCCUUUAGAGCGAAACUAUUAGGCGACCGUUCCUGGGUUGACCGUCGGCGUCGGUGUAACCGCGCGAGCCACUGACCGUGCGUUCCUCGUCGUCGUACGCUAAGUAACUUACCGUCCUUGCGCCAACUAUGGCGGCGGAAAUAAAGUUUAUUACAUUUCUGGCGCAAUUUUAUCCAACAUUCGAUAGCUAUUCGCAAAGCGCCCGUAAUUUUACGAAGAAUCCCUGUCCGCUUCGAAGACCAAAUCGAAUAGCACAUUAUCAGAUUCGUAAUUCGAAAGUUUCAAAUAAUCGCACACACCUGGUGAUCAGUUCAUGGAGUGCUGGCAAGGUUCCUUAAGUGAGAAUAGCUGCCAGUCUUAUAUAUUACUUCUCGAGAACGUUUCAUUUACAGAUAUUUACAAAUGAUAGGCUGCUGAAGUAAACAACACGGCCUGGAAGUCCACGCGCGACUCUCCUUUCAGUCCAUCCUCAUCUGAGGAAGCAACAUCGCAAUGUCUUCAAUUACGCCACAGUUCCGUUUUGUAAAGUUCUGCAUAUCAGAGCACGUUUACUCUGCUCGUGCCCGGUCAAAGUGAAUCUAGUCAAACACGAACUAAUUAAGCUAGUUAAGUAAAAUACCAUAUUCCUAGGGGUGGGCAGCGCAAACCGGACGAAAGCCAAAAGGAAGUGGACGACACGAGUUGUUAUACUGCCCUCGUCUCGCCCACUUCCUUUUGUCCUUCGUGCGGGUUGCGCUACCCACCCAUAGGAAUAUGUACAUUCACCAACUCGCCUAGCUUGCUGCGGUAAUUAAGUAAAAUAAACUAGUUAAGCAAGCAAGCAAGCAGGAUCUGUCUUUUUAUCUAAACUAGAAAACAACCUAUCCGCGUUUGCUUUGUAAACAACUAUACAACCCGGGUAGUCACAGCGAUCCACGAUGCAAUUUGAGAGCGGGAAAACGAGACAAGGACGGGACAAGAACGAGAUCGAGGACAAGAGCUGACCACUGGCCCGUUCUUGCAUUUCCAAGAUUUACGCCUGUCACUCUGCGGUCCAUACCGCUCGUUACACGCUCCUCAGCUCCUCUUUACGUUUCCUUGUCGCAAGAGUGUAUACGCACGUUUAGGUGGGCACAUCUUCAGCAAGCUGUCGCCGAGGUAUUUCGCCUCGGCGAAAUACUCGCGCCAUAGCCUGGCGGAGACCCUUUCGUAAGUUGUUCUAAAACCAGCUAAGCACUUGGAACGUCCGCGCCCCCAGAACGCUUACCUGCGCUUUGUGCGUCAACAGUCACUCGUUUAGCUACGAACCUUCGUUUAGACUGCGCACUGCCUUCGCUCGACGCUAGGCUGUGCGGACAACCCGCAUUGCGUAAGCUGCUGACAGCCGGAGACGAAUCAACCCUUUCUCUCGCCUCCACAGUUUUCUUUUUCACGCCUUCUGUGCUUCGCCCGCUACCCAGACUCCUGCCGUAAUAUUAUUUGGGAACGACUGGCAGGUUCACUUCGGGGCCUUGUGUCGUGCUCGCGGACGGCCCUGCGCGGCAGCUUGCGCGAGUUCGUGUCCCGUUCCGCUUCGCUGUUCGCUUCGUCCGGU